CCCUCUUCUCCUUGUAUCUCCUCCUCCCGAUCCCCAAAUCUCCGCCGAACUCCAUCUUCCCCAAACCCAUCGCCGACACCGCCAUCUUUCUCCUUCCCUUGCCCAAGCACUGCACCGCCGGCUCUCCUCCUCACGCGCAAGGACCAAGAUGCCGUCGGAUCUCCUCACGCGUGCACCACAACCAUGACCCCGUUCCCUCGCACGAGCGCCACAAACACCGCCAACCACCGCGAUUCUACGCCGAUCACAGUGAACCCUAGCUCCACCAUCAUUCUUCUUCGGCCACGAGCUACGGGCAACAGACCUUCCCUCUCCUCCUAUCUCUUGCAGAUCAGCCCAAGCAUAGCUUUGCCGCCAACGCAGUCGUGCCCUAACACCUCUCCACCGCUUCUCCAGCACUCCUCUCUUGAAGCAGAAAUUCCUCCUCCAAACCGUGAGAAAAUGCAAGUAAAUUUUCCCUUGAUUCGAGUUGGAUGUGAUCUUUUGGACUUGUUGCAGACGGUUAGCUCGAUCUACAUUUAAGGCGGGUAUUCUUACUUUGUCUCUUUAGUUCUUUGAACUUAGUGCAUGAGCUAUUUUUGGAUAAGGACUGUUUUACCUUGACUCUACUCUUCU